UAUAUGUCUGAUCCUUUCCUUUAAUCUCAUCAUUCUCGUUAAUUCCUCAGAAUUGAGAUCGCCGGAGGAUAGUAACGACGGCGAAUCUACCUGAAUUUGGCUAGGGUUCCGGUGAAUUUCAUUUCAUUUCAUUCUAUCGUGUUUAGAACUACGCUGUUGACAUGGCGUCGGAGGACGUAGUCGGGAAGACGAGCGCUACGAUCGCUAAUAUCGCUGAAGAAGCAAAGAUUGCGAGUGAAGGUGUGAAGGCUCCGAGUCGUCAAACUUUACUUGGCAUCUGCAAAUCUCUCGUCGCCGGUGGCGUUGCCGGUGGAGUAUCACGUACUGCUGUUGCUCCUCUAGAACGCAUGAAAAUUCUUCUCCAGGUUCAAAAUCCACAUGCAAUCAAAUACAAUGGAACUAUCCAGGGACUCAAAUAUAUAUGGAGAACAGAGGGUUUGCGAGGAAUGUUUAAAGGCAAUGGUACCAACUGUGCUCGCAUUGUUCCAAACUCUGCUGUCAAGUUCUUUAGCUAUGAGGAGGCAUCCAAAGGAAUCCUGUGGCUCUAUCGGCAGCAACCUGGAAAUGAGGAUGCUGAACUCACCCCUCUCCUACGCCUUGGAGCUGGUGCUUGUGCUGGAAUAAUUGCCAUGUCAGCUACCUAUCCAAUGGACUUGGUUCGAGGGCGGCUUACUGUUCAGACUGAUAAAUCUCCUAGCCAGUAUAGAGGAAUUGCUCACGCUCUUAGAACGGUGCUCCGAGAAGAAGGUCCACGAGCAUUAUACAAAGGAUGGCUUCCUUCUGUGAUUGGUGUGGUACCAUAUGUGGGGUUAAAUUUUGCGGUAUAUGAAUCUUUAAAAGAUUGGUUGGUGAAAUCACGGCCAUUUGGAUUAGUCGAGGACACUGAGUUGAGUGUGACAACAAAACUUGCAUGUGGAGCUGCGGCCGGAACCAUUGGCCAAACGGUUGCUUAUCCGCUUGAUGUGAUACGCAGAAGAAUGCAAAUGGUUGGGUGGAAAGAUGCAGCUUCAAUUGUUACCGGGGGCGGCAAGUCGACAGUUGAAUACACGGGAAUGAUUGAUGCAUUCAGGAAAACUGUUCGCUAUGAGGGCGUUGGCGCUUUGUACAAGGGUUUGGUCCCUAACUCGGUGAAGGUGGUUCCAUCGAUAGCGAUUGCGUUUGUGACGUACGAGGUCGUUAAAGACGUACUGAAGGUAGAAAUGAGGAUAUCCGAUUAAACAAAGCAUCGUAUUUUAUUGAACGUUGGUAUUAUUAGUUUGCGUGCAAAAGGAGGGGGGGGGGGGUUAAAAUUUUUGUUCUCGUAUCUCUUCCAUUUAUCGUUGCUUUAUGAUAAACGAAGAGAUUUAUAGAACUAGGCCAUGUUGAUAUAGUCGACGCGUAUCCUAUACACACCUAGAGCACGCUAUAGUUCGGGUUUUAAGUUGUUUGUGUACCAACAUCACAUAAUAAGGAUAGGCUCGGAGAGUCGAGGCUCUUGGUUUCUCAACCGAGAAGUGAAAUUAUUAUUUGAUCAGUAUUCUUAUUAUUAACAGAUAUAAUAGAGAGUUUUAUGGUGGUUA